AUGCAUUUGUUGGUUUUGUUGUUUAUUUUACAAAGUUUUCUCAUGGAAAUAUAUUCUUUUUGUCCUUCACAAUGCAGCUGUAUUUACCAUGGCAGGAGUGAUGGCUCUGGAACUAGGUCCGUGCUGUGCAAUGACCCUGACAUGUCUGAAGUACCUGUAAAUGUGCCAGUGGAUACUGUGAAACUUCGCAUUGAGAAAACGGUAGUAAGAAGAAUCCCCAAUGAAGCCUUUUAUUAUCUUGUUGACUUAAAGUACCUGUGGUUGACUUAUAAUGCUAUUACCAACAUCGAUACAAGCAGUUUUUAUAAUCUGAAACAGGUUCAUGAAUUACGAUUGGAUGGAAAUCUAUUUUCAACCUUUCCCUGGGAGUCACUAAAAGAAAUGCCAAACCUACGUACACUGGACUUGCAUAACAAUAGAUUAGCCACAGUUCCUGCAGAGGCAGCUCACUUUCUGAAAAAUAUAACAUAUUUGGAUUUAUCCAGCAAUAAAUUAACCACAUUACCAACAGACGUCAUGGAUAUUUGGACACACAUGCUUUCUACGCCAUCCCCUAUUCUGGAAUUAUAUCCUAGUAGAGUAAUUUUAGGUUUUCAGGACAAUCUCUGGUACUGCGACUGCAGGAUAUCAAAGCUGAUUGAACUCUCCAAACUUACAGACAUCUCGUUUGUGCUGCUGGAUCCUUUUGUUGUCUGCAAUGGACCUGAAAAUCUGGCAGGAGUUCCUUUCCAGAAAGCUGAGCUGGAACAGUGUCUGAAGCCAUCUGUGAUGACAUCAGCAACUAAAAUCACCUCAUCUCUGGGCAGUAAUGUGUUGCUGCGUUGUGAUGCUACUGGAUAUCCGACUCCCUACCUUAUGUGGACCCGCUCUGACAGUUCAGUUGUUAAUCAUACAGUCAUUCAAGAGAGUCCAACUGAUGGUGCCCGAUGGUCCAUACUGAGUUUAACUGGGAUUUCUUACAAGGAUGCAGGAGAAUACAAAUGCAAGGCUAAAAAUCUUGCAGGAAUGUCUGAAGCAUCUAUUACACUUUCUGUGGUGGGUGUUGUUACUACAACGGUACCUCCACAGAAAUUUGUGAAGAAUCUAGAAAAAGACAAGGAGGCUGUGGCAACAACAGAAGCAGAAGAAGAAGAAGCAACUGUGGUACCAACUACAGCAUCUUUGGUCACGGCUAAGUCUACAACAACUACGACAAAUGUACCAAAGAAGAAAGGUGUUCUGAACAGUCAACCAAAGGUGGGUCCAGAUGGGAAAAAUGUAGUGAAGCAGCAGCCUAUGACAAAUGUCAGCAUUAAACUCGAUGAACAUGAUGAUGAAAAACUAAAGGAAAGAGUGACAUCAUUAAAUGCUACAUCACAUAUGACAGAACAAACUAUAGCCAUAAAAAAUCUGAAGGCUAUGAGUGAAACAGAUAAAACAGUUAUACUGUCUUGGAAAGUCCUAAAGAUCACAGAAGAUGCUGUGUUAAAUGUAGUCUACUCACGAUAUGGUCAGAAAGAUAUGCAAAUGUUAACUAUAGAGCCUGGGAAAAGCAGAAUUACAAUUGAUGACCUGUUACCCAACACAAAAUACACUGCUUGCGUGUGUCUUAAAGGAACACAACCCAGAAAAGAUCAGUGUACCACUUUUGUUACGGAUGUUCCCAUUAGGGAAAGUAACAACCAAACCCUUAUUUUGAUUAUCAUUAGCAGUGUUGCCUGUGCAGUUGUAUUACCUGUAUUUUUCUUCCUGCUUUACAAAGUUAUAAAGCUACAGUGUAUAUCAAGUCAGCCUGCUGAGGAUGAGCUGUCAAAAGAUACAUAUGUCAAAUUUGAGACACUGUCACUUAGAGCACGGCCAGUGGUAACAUCAGGUGCAGACAGGUGGAUCCGAAGAGACACUGCUGAAUCUCAGAGGCUACUUCUGUGUUCAAGGUCUAGCAUUGAUUCUCAGAUGACUUUUAGAAGUGAUGCUUCCAAGCCAGAGUAUUUCUUUUAACGGUCAUAUCAUAAUUAUUUCAGCACGUGAUGCAUUAAGGAGAGGAAACUCUGAAGGAGGUACUGGACCUAACUUUGGAAGAGACAUGGGUGUUGUCCAGAAGCAGCUACUUUCAGAUCCUCUGUUUAACAAAUAAAGAAGAUCUGGAAACUUGUUUUUAUCACUGCAGAGUAAUUAUCCUAGGUUUUCACAAUCAUUACUUCUGGAAGAUAGCUCACUGGCUCAAACCGCAAUGGCUGUAUUUUAGAGCCUCUACUACAAGUCACAUUUCUUCCUGAGCAUAUGUCAAAAUGAAGUGAUUAUAAUAAUUUAUUUUUUACUGUUUGCCUUUUUGUUUUACCUCUGCACUCUGUUUUUGUUUAUGGACUGCACAAAGAUUUUAAGAUGUAUGAAUUAACUGUUCAUAAAUUUGAAUUUCAUUUAUCUGUAUAUUAUCUAGUAUCUUUUGCUGAGACAAACAUCUCAUUGUAGUGUAUUAUUUCAGUAAUUUAUCCUGAUUUACUGAAAUGAGUCACUGUGAUGCACUUUUUAUCUGUUUUGUUUUGACAUUAUUUUGAAAAGUAAAUUUCAUUUCAGAAGCAAAAGAAGAAACGGGAAGUUUUAUAAUAGCAUAUGAAUGAAAGUAUGGCUAGAUUUUUGUUUGUUUUAAGUAUUGUAUAAUAACAUAUGUACUCAUAUUAGCUGACAUAUUCAGUAAAGACUCAGAAAUAGUAAGAAAUAUAGUGUUGUUAGGUCUGAUCUUGAAAAGAAACAAGUGUUUGUCAAUAUUUAAA